GAGAAGGGUAGAGCAAUGGAGAAAAUGUCGGGGCUGGGCCACCUCUUCAUGACCAUCUUCCUCCAUACAUUCGCCACCUUCAUGGUGAUUCCCGCCAUCACGGAUGUCACAAUGGCGGCGCUUUGCCCCGGACAAGACGAAUGCUCUAUCGCCAUUUACACCUCCGGGUUACAACAUGCGAUAAUUGGGCUUGGAUCCCUAGUGACGAUGCCUCUCAUUGGUAAUCUCUCUGAUAAGUAUGGAAGGAAGGCGUUGCUGACAGUCCCCGUCACUCUAGCCAUAAUCCCAUUAGCCAUAUUGGCCUACAGCAGAAGCAGGAACUUCUUUUAUGCCUACUAUAUCCUCAAGAUUCUCACUGCCAUGUUUUGUGAAGGAAGUGUUCUUUGUCUCUCCCUUGCUUAUGUGGCAGACAAUUUUCCGGAAGGUAGACGAGCAUCGGCUUUCGGGAUUCUUUCCGGCGUCGGAUCAUGUGCUUUUGUCUGCGGAACUCUGUCUACUCGUUUUCUCUCUACUGCCUCAACUUUCCAGGUUGCGACGGCAAUGGCAAUGCUGGCAGCGGUUUACAUGAGGGUUUUCCUCCCUGAUUCGAUCGUAAACGACAAUCUUUCUAUUCCGAUUAUGUCGGAAGGAAAACUCAAAGGCAUUGUUAAUCAGGAUGUGGAGUCCGACAAGAAAGUGCAGACGUUUAAAACCAUGCCUUCAAUCGAGGAUAUGCAGGCCUUGUUGAAGACAAGCUCAACAUUUUCACAAGCCGCAAUUGUUUCAUUUUUCAGCAAUCUGGCUGAUGUCGGCCUCCAAGCUUCAUUGCUGUACUAUUUAAAGGCCAGGUUUCACUUCAACAAAAAUCAGUUUGCUGAUUUAAUGGUCAUUACUGGAGUUGCAGGGACCAUUUCCCAGCUCCUUCUCAUGCCCUUACUGGUUCCUGUUCUUGGUGAAGAGAAAUUGCUGGCCAUAGGGAUUUUCUUUAACUGUGCAAAUAUGAUCGUUUACAGCAUCGCAUGGUCUUUCUGGGUUCCUUAUGCAGCAGCUAUGUUUUCUUUGGUAUAUGUUUUUUCACAACCAUGUAUAAGGAGCAUCGUGUCUAAACAAGUCGGGCCCUGUGAGCAGGGGAAGGCUCAAGGGUUCAUAUCAGGCAUAGGCUCCUUUGCCAAUGUUGCUUCUCCCUUGGUUUUUUCCCCUCUAACAUCUUUGUUCCUGUCGGAUACAGCACCGUUUUAUUUCCCCGGUUUCAGUAUCAUGUGUGUCGGGUUUGCCUUGAUGAUAGCCUUUGUCCAGAGUCUAAUGAUAAGGGCCGUUCCCCCAAUUUCAAGCCAGAGAGUAGGCGACUGUCACUAAAUGGUGAUAAGCCAAGCAAGGUCUGAAUUAUGAUUUACUGGACUUUGCAUUAUACGUAUAUAUACACGUGUGUGCACGUAUUAAUACCCAGAAGAUAUGUUGAAGUACUACUUCUCGAGUCGAAACGGUGCCGAUCGGUGCUGCGGAAGGGAGCCUCCUCUCCGUGGUCCGAAAAGCAAAUGAAUUAUGAUCCAUUAUGUAGCAUGAGUGUCUUUAUCUGGUCUUAGAAUCUUGGAAUUAUGAUCCCUUGAGCUUUGUAAUAUAUGCCAGCUUUUAGUUAGCAGCUAGAGAGAAACAAGCAUGUUUGGUUGGCAUGAAGCUUUCCUGCAGGAGAAGUGCAAGAAA